CUAACGCCUUAUAUACAUAGCACCUCUGGCCAAGAUGGCGGUUACGUUAGGACGAAUUUAUAAAUCUGGUCUUUUAAAACCAAAUUAUGGAACUUUGUUCACUCAGAUCAAUAAAUUCUCUACGACAAAAGAAUGGUCCAGAAGUCGAAAAUUGUUAGUGACAUGUUUAGGAUUAGCAACUGGAGGUAUCGGUACUUUAAUUUAUGCUUUGGAAAAUUCUAUAAAAGCCGAUACAGAAGUAGCUCAUCCUGCAAAAUAUAAAUGGGAUUUUUAUGGAAUGUUUAGCUCAUUAGAUCAUGCAAGCGUGAGACGAGGAUGGGAAGUUUAUAAAAAUGUAUGUUCCGCUUGUCAUAGUAUGGAAUAUUUAGCAUAUCGUCAUCUUAUUGGUGUUUCUCAUACAGAGGAGGAAGCAAAAGCACUUGCCGCAGAAAUACAGGUGAAAGAUGGUCCUGAUGCCACUGGAGAAUACUUUAUGCGUCCUGGAAAAUUGUCAGACUUUGUUCCAAGCCCAUAUCCAAAUGAGGAAGCUGCUAGAGCAGCUAACAAUGGUGCUUUACCACCAGAUCUUUCACAAAUGGUUAAUGCUAGGCACGACGGAGAGAACUACGUAUUCUCUUUACUGACUGGAUAUUGUGACCCACCGGCAGGAAUUAAACUGCAAGAAGGUCAAUACUUUAAUCCAUAUUUCUUAGGUGGUGCCAUUGGUAUGGGACAGGUUAUUUACGACGAAGUCUUGGAGUUUGAAGAUGGUACUCCUGCUACUGCUUCUCAAGUAGCAAAAGAUGUUACCACAUUCCUUAUGUGGUCAUCCAAUCAUGAAUAUGACGACAGAAAAAGAUAUACUAUCAAGACUCUUGGAAUUGGUACUAUACUCCUAGUUGGCAUUAUUUAUUUAAAGAGACAUACAUGGACUGUUAUCAAAAACACAAAAUUGCUUUUCGUCCCUAAAAAGUCGAAAUAAAUCCAUUGAAGCAUCAGCUUAAAAAAAAUGUUCUUGGUGACGUUAACAUCAAGGAAUGUAAUGUAGUUUUAUAAAUUAAUUAAUAUAAUUCGACAUUUUUAGCUAUUUCCAAAUCUGGAAGCUGCCAAUAUAGCAUUUGAUGCAUGUUCAAUUCACUAUAAGUCUCAAGUCAAUAAACUUGUAUAUUGUACAUAAAUAUGCAAACAAUGUUAUCAUCGGCCGACAUAAAUAAAUUGUUAAAA